CGAGUGGGCAGCGCUGAUUGCAGAGGCCUCAGCUCCCUGCCUGCUCGCACACCGGCUGCCUGCCGCUUUCCAUUGCGAGCUGCCACCGCUGCUUCAGGACUCCCAAAACUCGGCUCACCCCUGGCCUCAGGGCUGAUCCUGCACGCCUGACUGGGAUGGGAUGGCUCCGCGGGGCGAGCAGAGCUGCAGGAGGGGCUGCGGGUGGGCUGGCAUGCAGGAGGGCCAGGCGGCCAUGGCGGCGGAUAUGGUGCUGAGCCACCGGGCACCCCACAAGGUGUUGAGUGAGGCCGACUUGGAGGAGGUGGCACAGCGGAAACCUCCCACUGAGCCCUCGCUGCGCGGUUGUCUCCACAAGACCAGAUGCUCAGUCUCCACCGCCAAGUCCCUGCUCUUACGGUUCCUGCCCUUCCUGCGCUGGCUGCCCCGCUACCCUGUCAAGGACUGGCUCCUGGGGGACAUUGCCUCGGGCUUCAGCGUGGGCAUCAUGCACCUGCCCCAGGGGCUUGCCUACGCGCUGCUGGCUGGACUGCCGCCUGUCACCGGUCUCUAUUCUUCCUUUUACCCCGUCUUCCUCUACUUCUUCUUUGGAACAUCCAGGCACAACUCCGUGGGCCCCUUCGCCGUCAUCUCUGUGAUGAUCGGGAGCCUGACAGACUCCCUGCUGCCCAGUGAAAACUUCCUGGAAUCUGUCAAUGGCACCAAUGUCACGAUGGUCAAUGAGGAACGGCGCGAUGCCGCCAGGGUGGAGCUGGUGGCCACCAUCACUGUCCUGACAGGCAUCUUCCAGGUGGCCCUGGGCCUCCUGCAGUUCGGCUUCGUGGUGACCUACCUCUCGGAUCCACUGGUGCGUGGCUACACCACUGCUGCCUCCGUGCAUGUCCUCAUCUCGCAGCUCAAGAACGUCUUUGGGGUCUCCCUAGGAGAGCACUCGGGGCCGCUCUCACUGUUCUUGACCCUCAUUGAGAUCUGCCAGAAGCUGCCAGAGACCAAUGUGGGCACCCUAGUGACAGCCAUCGUUGCUAUGGUGGCCAUCUUCAUCGUGAAAGAGCUCAACCACAAGUUCGCUGCCAAGCUGCCCAUGCCCAUCCCCAUUGAGCUUAUCACGAUCAUCAUCUCCACCGGCAUCUCCUACGGCGUCAACCUGAAUGCCAAGUUUGGCAUCUCCGUGGUGGGCAACAUCCCCAGUGGGUUGAAGCCGCCCGUGGUCCCUAACGUCAGCUACUUUGGGCAGGUGGUGGGCAAUGCCUUCGCCAUUGCCGUGGUGGGCUAUGCCAUCUGCAUCUCCCUGGGCAAGAUCUUUGCCCUGAAGCAUGGCUACAAAGUGGACAGCAACCAGGAGCUGAUUGCGCUGGGCCUCUCCAACUUCCUGGGGGGCUUCUUCCAAUGUUUUGCCAUCAGCUGCUCCAUGUCACGGAGCCUGGUGCAGGAGAGCACGGGGGGCAACAGCCAGGUAGCCGGUGUCAUCUCAUCCUUGGUCAUCCUGGUGACCAUCCUGAAGAUUGGAGAGCUCUUCCGGGACCUGCCCAAGGCCAUCUUGUCUGCCAUCAUCAUCAUCAACCUCAAGGGCAUGUUCAAGCAGUUUGACGACCUUUGCAUGCUCUGGAAGUCCAACCGGGUGGACCUGAUGGUCUGGAUCGUAACAUUCGUGGCCACCCUUUUGCUGAACUUGGACAUCGGCCUGGGGGCUUCGGUGGCCUUCGGGCUGCUCACUGUCAUCUUCCGCACCCAGCUCCCCCACUACUCCAUCCUGGGACGCAUCUCCGACACUGAUGUCUACAGGGACGUGGCCGAAUAUGAGAUGGCAGAGGAGAUCCCUGGUGUGAAGAUCUUCCGCUCCUCCUCCACCCUCUAUUUUGCCAAUGUGGAGCUGUACACGGAGGCCCUGAAGAAGAAGAGCGGCAUUAACGUGGACCGCCUGAUCGAGAAGAAGAAGAAGGCCCUCAAGAAGCUGAAGAAACAGCAGAAGAAAGCGGAGAAGGAGAAGGCAAAGAGGAAAAAGGACGCAGAGGACGGGCUUAACGGACCAGGCGUGGCAGUGAUUGAGCUGAGCGGGGCGGAGGGCAGUGCACCCCCAGAGCCCACCCUGCAUACCCUGGGGCUGCCCCAGCCCAACUUCCAUGCCGUCAUCUUGGAUUUCAGCCCUGUCAGCUUCAUGGACACUGUCUCCAUCAAGUUCCUGAAGAAUAUCUUCAGGGAUUUCCAUGACAUAGAAGUGGACGUCUUCAUUGCUGGCUGCCCAGUGCCUGUCCUUGCCCAGUUGGAGCGGAGCAACUUCUUCAGCUCAACCAUCACCAAGCACUGCUUCUUCCCCUCGGUGCAUGACGCUGUGGUCCACAUCAGCAGGGAGCCACGCCAGGCCUCGGAGGAACGCAGCACCAGAAUGUAGCCCCGCAAGAGGAAGCUGUCUCCCCGAGGAGCCAGGCAGGCACGGGGGCCUUUGCCGCCCCAAUGGCGCCAGCUCACCCAGGAGGCCUCACACCCCUGCCAGCCCCUCCGGACACUGAGUGCUGGGGACCCUGUCCCAGCCAUGAGCUUCCCCUGCGAUGGAGCUGCUGCAGGCUGGUGCCCAGUGUCCUGCUCUGGCACGGGGACAUCGCGCCGAGGUGCCGGCUGGGAGCCUCUCUCAGCCCCAGCCUGUCUGGCCAGGCCCUGGUUUGGGGGGUGGUGGAGUGACCCCCAGACGCGGCCGAGGGGGGCCACUCCCAGCAGCGGUUUGGCAUCACAGAUAAAACCGUGUAGCGUCUCUCAGGCUUCGUUUUAAUGCACUUUCCUCAAUAAAGGUGACCUCAGGCAGGGCCGCCUGGCUGCACCCUGGCAUUGGUGGGCACUGCCUGGCCGGGCCCGGGCCUGGCCCUCCCUGCAGCACGCUGGCCCCACGCAUCCGUCCCUCCGGUCCUUUUCCGCCACUUUUCCCCCCGACCCGCUCCGGGCCCGUCAGGCUGCGGCCGAGGGAGC